AUGUCUUCGUUUACCAACUUAUACUGCAGCAUGGACGACGCUGGAAAAUCGGCAUUGGGUGAGCUAGGCGCUGCCAUGGGUGUUCAAGGUCCUGUUGACGUCGCUCUAGCAAACGCUGUACGAGCCCAAAGUUUACAGAUUAACCCUGACGAGCACUACCAGAUGAGCUGUUUGCUGUUAGUAGCUAUAGCGAUUAGCCUACCAAAGCUCGCUCUUAUUGAGACAGCAACAUAUAAACCUAGUCUGCGUGCAAGUUUGAAUAACACUCACUGCAUUCCACUGGCUGUGAACACGAUUGCGGGAGCGUUGUUUCAUCACCAUGGGCGAGGUGACACACAUUUGAGAAUGAAGGAAUUCCUCGCGCUGGCGUCAAGUAGCGUGUUGCGAGCAGCUCAGGAGUUGGAUGGACGGCAGGACACUGUGAGCAAUCAAGCUACGCUCUACAUUCUUCUUGAGCAGUUCGUGAGCAAAUGUCGUUGGCUAUCAAUGGACGUGCUAGAGGCUUGCUUCCCGUACAAUCUUGUGAGGACAGCCUAUCAGCACUGCUAUCAACAAGAGGCUGACACAUUUCAGUAA